CAGCUCCAACAUGUCCUGCGCCUCCUGUCAGGCAGCCAGCAGCCCCAGGCUACAAUCAGGAUGUUGCACAGUGGAACUGCUCCCAUCAGCAGCAGAUCUGGAUGAAGACUGAGUUUGAGACAUUGGGUCUGUGGCCAGGGUCACGUCCAGUACGUCACCCAAUGAACAUGAUUACCCUGUGGCGCUAUCCACCUCAGCCUGAGCUCAUAGACAAUAUUGCUGCACUGCCUUCGCCCAAAUAUUUUCAGCUCCACCCAUUCUUCAUUUGGAAGCCGGAGCAUGCAAUCAUGGAGAGGGUGAGGAACAAUUUUGUCCUGCCCUGCCUUCAUGGUUGUCCCAACCCUCAGGUAGCUUCUUCUGGUGUUGGACGGCCCAGAGUGAUCAUCGGCACCAGUGGUCAGUACUAUCUCUUUGCUUCACGGCUCACCUGUAAAGCCUGUAAGAGGUACUGGCAUGCUGACAAACCCCAAUGGCUGGAGAUGUUGCCAAAGCGCUUCAAUAACAUUGUGCCAGCCUUCCUGACGCACAAAAAAGCCAUCUGCAAAUCGGUGAUGGAUGAGCUGAGACGCAGUGGCAGAUCACCGGAGGACAUGACCAAGCAGCUGACAGAGGCGGUCCAUCUUAAGUAUGAGCGAGCUCAUCUGGCCUACCUGCUGAGUGUGCAGAACAUCAGGGAUGCUGAGGAAGGAGCCUACGGCCAGAAGACCAUCACUGGGCACCUCAGACAGGCAGACACUCCAGCUUCAUUCGGGGGAUAUUCAGAUGCUGAUGGCUGGCGGGGAGUGUCUCUUUCUUCGCACUACCUGGUCAACUGCCAGGUCCAGGAGUAUCAGAGGCAGGAGCAGCUCCUCACACUACUGCUGCAGGGGACCUUUGGACGGGCACUGAGGUCGGAUCACACUCGGAAAGUGGCGAGGAAGGUCGUGCUGUCGUCUGGCACCAUGUCUUCCUACGCCAUCAUGAAUGAGAACUGGAUGAUCCUGAGCUGGGUGAUGCUGCAGUCAGAGUGUGAUCGGUCCCUUCAUCUGGUGUAUCAGGGACUGGCUCAACGCUACACUGCAGCUGGAGUGGAGAAGGCAUGCUGCCACUGGGUGGACAGGGACUGCUGUGCUGCCUUCAAGGUCCUGGACACCAGAGCUCAGGAGCACCUGUCAUGGGACUGCUGGAAGACCACAGAGGCUAUAGUCACAGAGGCCACCUCUGGAAACCUCGCCAACACAAGUGCCGCAAGGAACAAGUUUAAUGUAGACAUUAGCAUCAAGGGGAUCUCGAGAGGCUGA